UUCACAAAGCCCCUUCAACACCCAAAAACUCUCUCCCUUUUUAAACCCUCAUAUACAAAUUCUCACAUCAAUUCCUUCCCGCUCUCUUCAGUCUUUCAUUCUUCUUCUUCUUCUUUUCCUCAAUUCCAUUUAUUACAACUCAACAAUCUCUUAGAUCUGUGAAAAAAACAAACAAAAAAAACAAAAAAUCGAAAGCCCUAGUUCUUGUUCUUACAACCCUUUUCCCGGAAAACAAUAUAGAAAAAGGGCAGCUUUGUGUUAGUGGGGUGUAGCUGGUUUUGAAGUAUAGCAUAUAGAAUAAGGUUAAAAAGGGUUCAUGGCUGAACAAGGAUUGGAAGGAAGCCAACCUGUGGAUCUAAGAAAGCACCCUUCUGGGAUUGUGCCUACCCUUCAAAAUAUUGUGUCGACAGUCAAUUUGGACUGUAAGUUGGAGCUUAAAUCAAUUGCGCUUCAAGCUCGUAAUGCAGAAUACAAUCCCAAGCGUUUUGCUGCUGUGAUUAUGAGGAUUAGGGAACCAAAAACAACUGCACUCAUUUUUGCAUCUGGCAAGAUGGUCUGUACUGGAGCUAAGAGUGAGCAGCAGUCUAAAUUGGCAGCAAGGAAGUAUGCAAGGAUUAUCCAAAAGCUCGGUUUCCCAGCUAAAUUUAAGGAUUUCAAGAUUCAGAAUAUUGUUGGCUCUUGUGAUGUAAAGUUCCCCAUACGGCUUGAGGGUCUUGCAUAUUCUCAUGGUGCUUUCUCAAGUUAUGAACCAGAGUUGUUUCCAGGACUAAUCUAUCGUAUGAAGCAACCCAAGAUAGUCUUGCUUAUAUUUGUCUCUGGAAAAAUUGUUCUGACGGGAGCCAAGGUGAGAGAUGAAACGUACACAGCCUUUGAGAACAUAUAUCCAGUGCUUACUGAGUUCAGAAAAAACCAACAAUGAUUACUAGCAAGUGCUGGAGCAAUGUUUUGUGGCAGAGAAGAUCGUGGCUCUGAUUUAACUGUAAAUAAUAAGACAGGAUAUAUCUGGAUUGAGAUUGACCAAGACAGCCGUUUUUGUUUUGCUCUUUUUUUUUUAAUGUGUCUCGAUGUAGUAAAGUGAAAAAAAAAAUGUUUAUUAAAUUCGAAUUUUUAAAAAAAAUUAUGUGGACUAGGCAGAAAAAAAAAAUAUGGAAGAGCUUGAUUGAAAAGUGAAAACAAUUGUCCGAUUACUGUUGUCCACCUUAAGAAUUUCUAAGCUUAUUUAGGUAUGGU